AUGUAUUCCAAUCAGUAUCUGACUGACGAACAGUCCACUGACGACUGGGCGCUGGACAGUUCAGCCACUCUUCUUGCUGCAGAGUCGAAGAGGCCUGUGGACGGUUACGGAGCACAGGGUGCCGGACGCUUUGACAUUGGUCGAGUCUCAGUCGAACGUCGACCGCCCUUCAAUGCGAUCAAUAUGGAUGAGACUCGUCAUAACUACGACGAUGUGUAA